AUAUUGACUGAUGGUCUUUGACAAGAUAUUUUGUAUGUCUUCUGCUAUUAAUUCGUCGAGUGGUCAAUAAUUAUUUUGAACGAUUCUAAGUUUUCUUCUCACAUCUCCUUCUGGUUGUCACACAUUUCUAGUAAAAAUGGAUUACGAUAUCAAAACUCCCAUAGUAAUACCAGGCAAUGUGAUCAAGAGGAAAAGCCUCCCUUCAUCAGCAAUCAAAGAAAAGCCAUCGAUAGCAUUGUAAGCCGACUAGUGACCAUACAAGAAUCACUUAAACUAACAAAUACGAAGCCAAUCCCCAGAUUAUGACCCAACCGAACCACCACCGUAUCUAAAAGACCCCUAUCCCGAAGAAAAGGAUAUCUCCGACACUAUCUUCAUCAAUCCAACCAUCACAUCCACUCCCUCUACCCCCUCUACCCCCUCUACCCCUUCCUUUCCCCUGGAUAGACUCGUCAUCCCGACCAAAACCGAUUCCCUAGCCUCCGGCUUCCCCUAUCAUCAACGUCUCCGCGAUUACCGCGUCACACACGAUGAAUGGCAUAUCUUCACCAACGAGAUUGUCAAAGCCGCGAGUCUAAGCUUAACGGAAGACUGGGCCGCCUGGACUGCAGGUAUUUCUACCGGUGUACUUAGCACCGGACUUCUAGUAUUCGGGGGUCCUAUCGCGGGAUAUUACACGGGACGCUCGGUGCACAGAAAGAAGGUCCUUGAUAAAGUCAAGGAUGGAUUAAUGCAUGAGGGAAGUCUGAGGUCUACACUUCAUAAAUGGAAUGAGCAGACGUUUCGUGAUAAAGGAUUUCAGGCGUGGUUGGAAUUACCGGUUGUGAAAGGGGAAAUAAAUGGAGAGGAGGAGGAGGAGGGGCAAAAGAAGAAAAAGAAGAGCAGGAAGGAGAGAAAAUUGAAGGAGAAGGAAAGGAGAAGGUUUAGGAUUGUCAUUGUUUCGAAUAAUGCGCCCAUGAGUGUGAUCAUGGGUAAUCAGCAGCCGACUUGGAGUUUGGUACAGACGGACUCGAUACAGCAGAGUGAGAUUGUGGAGGCACCUGAUACUGAAUAUAGACAUCCGGGGGUGGCAGAGCUUGCAUAGCGGGCGAAUUUCAUGAGGUGCUUUGCUCAUUCACGAUGUUGGGGAGUUCAUCAGAUGGUAGAGGUACUUUUUUAUUCACCCUCGUUGCGGUACUUGCAUGACGGGCGAAUUGUAAGAAAUGAUUCGCUGGUUUCCACCUUCCGAAAGGCAACUACAUGAUAAAUUUCUUGCUCGUUCACCUAGCUUGCGGUACAAACGGCAAUUUUACUUUCGAGAUUGGCGUUAUCAACUCACACUAUUUUCACCUAUACCUAGCGCUUGCUCCUUCCGUAUGGUCAACCCCUUUCUUUUGC